GGCAAACUGCGCGGGUUUCAAACUAUCUGCAAGGGGCAAUGACCAUCUUACGGCCUUAUCCCUUAGGAGCCUUUGAAUCAACGUGAGCUUGCGGCCAGUCACGUCGACAAUUUGGAGGAUCGGAUGCCUGCAUCUAUGAAUAGGCGCGGUUGAUACAAGCUCCAAGUGACUUUGGAAUGAUACCCCAUCUCAGUUCAGCUCAAAUCCAUCGUUGUAGACUAGUGCAUCUGCAUUCAGAACAGGCAGGUAUCCGGCCGUCCGGUCAUCUUAGUCAUGGAUAUCAAUGUUCUGUGACCUAUUGGUAUACCUCAGCUAUCCUAUGUGUUUGUCUCGAGUCCCAAAAAGCAGCUAACCGCAACGAUGUAGGCGCUGUUCGUUACCGUCGGCAAACGCAGAGUAUCCUGUGUCUCCUUCAGGUCGUGAUGGCUGAGUGUUUGUUACUUUAUUUCGACCAGCAUCAGUUGCCAUUCCCCGGUAGAAGACGAGCUAGGCUCUGUAACCGGUGCAAGCAACUGGCUUUGGCCCGGCGAGUCUGCCACAGUAAGUUGCCGAGCUCAGGCGUUGCAAAAUCACCUAACGACAUCUUGCUACGCCUUCCAUUGAGUCCAGUCUAUGGCAUCGCAGGCAUAGAGCUGCCCGGGGCACUGGGCGUUACCCGGGAAGCGAUCCAAAUCAACCCGGUCCACAAACUUAGACCAUACCGUUGAUCCAGUUGCUACUGUCAAGGUGGUGGCUCACUUCACCCCUU